CUGGUGACUGGUGGCCGCGCCUCCACUUCUCAAGGUUCAGCCCGUCUCGCCAUUUAAUUUCUCGUGUCCUGGACGCUCUGGUUGGGUUCCAGGAACUGUCAGGCUCCAUCUGUCACCCCUUCGGGCAAUGGGUCCAUCACUCGUUUCAGUCCGGCGGAAAGGAGUGGACAUGGUCAACGAUGAAGCGAGUGAGGGGGGACGCGACAGCCCGUGUGACCCAGGGGUCAUACCCUGCGGCCUGCGUGUCUUCGCUUCUCACUGCCCCUUCAGGAGUCAUCGAUUGAACUCAACGAGAUCACAAUGACCGUGGACCAGGUCCCAGGAGCAAACUCCAGGCUGUUCCAGCCCCUUGCCAUUGCCAAUGGCAAGCUCAUCCUCAGUCACCGAGUGGUGCAUGCCCCUCUAACUCGUAACCGGGGCGAGCCGUUGAACCCAAAAAGCACCGCCGAGAACCCCAAUCAGAUCUGGUAUCCUGGGGAUCUGGUGGCUGAAUAUUAUCGUCAACGGGCCACUCCAGGUGGGUUAAUCAUUUCGGAGGGCAUUCCUCCAUCGCUGGAGAGCAAUGGAAUGCCCGGUGUCCCCGGUCUGUUCACGGACGAGCAGGCGGCCGGAUGGAAAAGGGUCGUCGACACCGUUCAUGCCCAGGGCGGUUACAUCUACUGCCAGUUGUGGCACGCCGGUCGUGCUACCAUCCCUCAGAUGACCGGAUCUCCGCCCGUGUCUGCCUCCGCCAGUGUCUGGGAUGACCCGAACGAAUGCUACAGCCAUCCCCCGGUGGGAUCAUCCAAGCCGGUUCGCUAUGCCGACCACCCCCCGAUCGAAUUGACCGUGGCACACAUCCAGCAGACCAUCCAGGACUACUGUCGGGCGGCCAAGACCGCCAUGGACAUCGGCUUUGAUGGAAUCGAACUUCACGCCGGCAACGGAUACCUCCCCGAACAAUUCCUCAACUCGAACAUCAACCAGCGGACGGACGAAUAUGGUGGCACCCCCGAGAAGCGUUGUCGCUUUGUGCUCGAGUUGAUGGAAGAGCUGGCCCAGACGGUGGGCGAGGAGAACCUGGCAAUUCGACUCACUCCUUUCGGACUGUUCAACCAGGCGCGUGGCGAGCAGCGCGUGGAAACCUGGACGUUUCUGUGCGAGUCGCUGAAGCAGGCACACCCUCAUCUGUCCUAUGUCAGCUUCGUUGAGCCGCGCUACGAGCAAAUCUUUAGUUACGAAGAAAAGGAUGCGUUCCUCCGCAGCUGGGGCCUUCCGAACGUCGACCUGACCUCCUUCCGCAAGAUCUUCGGUUCCACACCCUUCUUCUCGGCCGGUGGCUGGGACCAAACCAACUCGUGGGGAGUCCUGGAGGAGGGCAAAUACGACGCCCUGUUGUACGGACGGUACUUCACCAGCAACCCGGAUCUGGUGGACCGACUGCGCAAGGGCAUCCCGUUGGCCCCGUACGAUCGCACCCGGUUCUAUGGGCCGUUUGAGGAUAAUGCGUUCCACUAUGUGGACUAUGAGCCGGCCGCGGAGAACUCGACGUCUUUCAAAGUCCAGAGCCAACUAUGAUUGUUGCACAUCCUCAUGAUGCCAUGCUGAUUCAGUAGAAUUAAUAGAAUAGUUUCGCUUCCAUCUGGGUAUGUCGUGCGAAGAUCAUUGAUAUACAUAAAUUUGCUCAAGCCGUAUAGCCGCCGUCCACCACCAGGGCCGAGCCGACCA